ACACAUUUUUAUUUCGCAAAAUAAGAUCUCAUUGGUUUCCAGAGUGAGCGAAUUUUACAUUUUUAUUCGGUGAAGUCAAAACACAAAAGGAUUGACAGCGAGGAUCAAGACAAGCACAGCUGCGCCCCGUGGACACCUGGGGGAGUCUCGUCAUUCAAAAGUCAAAAAACGGGACGGGUUCAAGCGUGCAAAGGCAUGGGACAAAAUGAUUAUUUUACACUCUCUUUGAUCAUAUAAAGGACCUCAUGAAAUAAUUGAAUUACAAAUUUUACUAAACUAUCGGGGAAAAGAAAGCGGUGACAAAAAUGAAAUUGUUGGAGUUUUUCAACCACACGACACCUUACGACAACAUUUCGUUUGAUUUCAACUUAACGGGCGAAGUGGUACCCAGCGAGAGGGACACUGGCGACUUCGUCCUGAGAUGCGUUAUCUGCUUCAUGUACGUUUUCAUCAUUACGGUUGGAUUGCUGGGGAAUAUCACCUUGGUAAAAAUCUUCAUUACUAAUAGCGCCAUGAGGAGCGUGCCUAACAUUUUCAUAUCCAGCCUCGCGGCGGCUGAUAUUCUGCUACUGGUGACUUGCGUUCCCCUGGAUGCCUACAGAUACAACUUUGAGGACUGGAUCUUCGGCGCCGUGGCGUGCAAGCUCAUCCCGGUCAUUCAGCUCACUUCGGUGGGGGUCUCGGUGUUCACGCUGACGGCUCUGAGUGCCGACAGAUACAAAGCAAUUGUGAAUCCAAUGGACAUCCAGACCUCCAGUGCUGUGUUCUGGACUUGUCUGAAAGCAGUCACCAUAUGGAUCAUCUCAGUGCUGCUGGCUAUUCCAGAUGCUGUGUUCUCUGACCUGGUCCCGGUCAAAAACAACAACGUCAACUUCACCGCCUGCAUUCCAUAUCCGUACUCCAACGAGAUGCACCCUAAAAUUCACUCCAUCUUGAUAUUUAUGGUGUACUUCCUCAUUCCCUUAACAAUCAUCAGUGUCUACUAUUAUCACAUUGCAAAGACGCUAAUCAAGAGUGCACAUGACAUGCCGGGUGAGUUCAGUGAGCACUCCAAGAGACAGAUGGAAACAAGAAAACGACUUGCAAAAAUUGUUCUUGUCUUUGUGGGCUUGUUUGCCCUCUGCUGGUUUCCUAACCAUGUCCUCUAUAUGUAUCGCAACUUCAAUUAUAAGGAGAUCGAUACCUCAGCAGCACACUUUGUGAUCACCUUGUUGGCAAGAAUGCUGAGCUUCUCCAACUCCUGCGUUAACCCAUUUGCAUUGUACCUGCUAAGCGAAAGUUUCCGAAGGCAUUUUAACAGUCAUUUGUGCUGCAGACGGAAAAGACAUCGAGAAAGAUCCAUGAGUUACGCACAAAGUACGUCGGCAGUAAGGAUGACAUCGCUGAAAAGCAACAUGAAAAAUACCUCUUCGACUUUACUCAACGGGAACAGCCUCCGACAUGAAGUAUCAUUGUGAUUCGGUUAUGUGGCUUUUCUCACCAACUGGACCAGGAAAAUUGUUGCCAAAAAUAGUGAAAUGAUUUGUGGUUAGGGCCCGUCAGGAAAAUUGAUAACAAAAUAUCCUAAUACAAAUCGUAAAGUUUAAAAUAGGAAAGCUGUAUAUGGCAUGGCUAUUGACGGAAUAUUUAUACGCAUCAGAUGGGUUUCAUAGGCAUGGACAAAUUCAUCAAGAACAUCGUCUUUUAUUGAAGUAUCCAUUUUUGUCUCUCGGAAGCUCGGAAGAGACGUAUAUGUCAACCGAUAUCGUAAAAUGGUUAUUUUAUCUUAAGCUUAUGUUAAUUUAUUUUACGGCAAAAUGUAUGUGUUGAAGAUGAAGACUAUUAAGUGAUAAUGUAUUUUGCAGAGACAAUAUGCGGAACAACAUGACAAAUUGUAUUCCCAAUUAUGGGAAGAAGAUAAGGAGCACAUCCUUAUCGUCGAUCUCACAAACAAGGCAAUAGAUUGCGCACAAAUAUACUCAUUUAUGGGAAUUUUUCUUCUUAAACGUUCCUCUUUGCGUCAGUUUCAACGAACUGAAAAAUGUAACCUGGGUAUCCACUCAAGGGACACUUAGAAAUGUUACGACUGAAUAACAGCAUGGUGCCAUGACCCUUGAGCAAUUUCAAAAAUGAGCGGAUGGAGGAAGUUUUAUGGCAGCUUACACUGUAGAUCGAAUUUUGGACAUCAUAGUAUACGGGGAAAUUCUUUGUACUUUUUUGCUUGAAGCUUUUCUUGUGAAUGGCAGAUACUUUUGGACAAUCAGUACUGUUCAGAGAAUGAAUAGCCCUGGUGUGGUAGUUAUCGUUGUAACAGUUAAUACAUUGCAGUUAUUUGGGUUUACGUCAUCUAAGGAAUCUGACAUUAAACGUCUUGGUCGAUCUUGGCGUUGAACUCAUUCACACACAUAGACAGCUGAAGCAUCCAUUGUGCACACUGAUCUUGGACAGUUUACAGGAUAAGAUCUGCGUCACACCUCUCUUUCCGUAAUUAUCUCUAACCCUUUAAUUUUCCGCACGUUCUUAGGUUUUCUACCGUGACAUUACACGCUAUUAUUCCACACUGCAAGAGUCACUUCCCUAACUAUCGUUUUU